ACAUUUUUAGCUCCAUUUUGGCUUCCUUGUAGUUGGUAUAGGAAUCAUAAUAUUUGUUGGAAGGAAGUCACCACUGGACAAGAACUUGAGCCGGUCGGAGAAGAGAUAAUAUCCUACUUUCCAGAACUUGUCAACUUUAAUGUCUCCUGGAUGUUUGUAGUGUCGUGGAUUGAUAUACCAGUAUGCUGGGAUACCAGUCAGGGUAAUACCUUUCAAGCGGUCCUGGUCACUGACGGUAUGCUGACUUUUGUCAUUUACAACUACAACAAAAUACAACCUGUUUCGUAUUGUUGUUAUAACUACCAACCUCAGGUCGGCUUCGACAAAGGAGAUAACAUCCACUACUACGCUGUGGAGGGAUCGGGUACGGAGGAUAUUGCCACGGUUGUGUCGCGUACCAACGUCAACCGGACAGGCAAGUUCGUCUUCAGACUCAAUGGGUAUAUGGCACGUCCUGUCAAAGUUGCCGACAUAGUGUUCGUUAUAGAUUCUUCCUACAGUGAGGCGAAGUUUUUCGACAAUAUCCUCCAGUACAUAGUGGAUGUAACAGACAAUCUCAUUAUAGCCCCUAAUGAGACACAGGUAGCUGUUAUAAGCUUCUCCAGAAUAGCCAGGGUGGAGUUCGACUUUACGUUUUGUCAGAACAACGACUGUGUUCAUGAGCGUGUCCUGAAUAUAUCCCAACUCAAUAGUACUUCAUACAUGGACACCGGACUAGACUUGGCAAGUGACAUGUUCCUGUGGACGAAAGGAGGGAGACAGUCAGCCCUGAAAUACGUUGUUAUGAUCAGUGACGGACUGGUAAAUAACAGGGACAAGGCCAAAAUGAAGGCGAGAGAACUCUCUCAACGACAAGACGGAAUCAAAGUGGUAGGCGUGGGACUUGGCAGGUCUGUGUAUCACACAGUGUUGGAGAGUGUGGCCUUCAAUAGCUCGUACUUACUGGCACCAGAUCCUUACAAACUACUUCACCUCCUACAAUGGGAUCUACACGACCCGAACGUUACAGGUUGUGUACAUAACUUCAGUGCUGAUAUACUUGUAAUAGUGGAAACCUCGGCGUCACAGGGCAACAAAUCCUUCAAGAAAGCGCUGACAUUCCUACAAACAUUUCUCGAUAAAUUCAACCCCAGUCAUACUAAUAACGCCAUAACCAUCAGUGUAGCUGUAUAUAACAGUUCCACAAACUAUGUCAUACGGGAAUGUCCACUGUCGAAUCUACAGUAUAUAAUGGAUGUCAUAAGGACACUGGGAAAAUCCCAAGAUCAAGAACAGGGCUGGGAUCAUAUGCUGAGGUUUGUUGAUAAUCAUACUUCCUACAGCAGUGUUACAACUCAUAAAUACGCCAUGUUUGUAACAACUGGGUCUGUACCAGAGAAAUCAGUGGCGCACGUGAAGACGAAACUCAUGCAUCUGCGUGACAACAACAAUGUGCGGGUGGUGAUGGUAGGAAUCACUGACCACACGAACUGGAAAGUAGUAGAACAUGUGUACGAGUGUGGAUUCUAUACCUUCUCCACCGAGGAUGUAGACAUUGUGUCACGUGUUCUUUGGAACGACAUAAAAUCCACGAACUGUACCAAACUGGAGAAAUAA